AUGACACCUUAUACAAUAAUCAGAUCUCUUAUAAAUGACGGUUUCUCAAGGGUGAUGAUGAUUCAACAAGUAACUGCUGUUGCUGUAAGAUUCGUCAAGCUUGAGAAGCUUAUUCAACAACAUACUGAGAAGUUGUUUCAAUACUUGAAGAUUCUUAAGCUUGAGGGUCAUUACCUACUCACUCCGCAAUUGUUCCCUCAUCUCUUUAGAGCUGCUCUCUUGUUCAAAAGAAAACGCAAGAGAACAUUCAAGGAUUACAGAACCACAAGAGAACUCAAUGCAGAGGUCUCCGAACAAGAGAUAGAAGAGGCGCUGCAAGAACCGCCGUUCAAGAAGAUAAAGCUGGCACAACUUGACCAUGAAGGCUUAAAGACUAUUUAUGAGAUGUCAAAUGUGGAUAUUGACUCAGUUGUAAAUUCAGGUGAAAAGAUCAAAGAGCUAAUCAUGAGCAAUUUGUUGCAGUUACCAAAAUCCUCGAGAGGCUUGCAUCAGGAAUGGAGCGUCUUCUACCAAGAGACCAGACUACUACAUCAUGAAGAGACUAUGAAAGUUAUCCGAUGA